UGCGCUCGCUCUGCGUCUCUCGGUCGCUCUGCUCACCGGAUGGAGCGGGCCCAAGCAGGGUCCGGAGGAGACCAACCCGGAGCCGAGUUCCCAAUGGAGCCCUUGGGGAGCCAGGUCGCCGCGCCGGAGCAGCCGCAGGUCCCCGCAGAGGAGCGACAGCUCGAGAGUCCCGAGAGCAGCCCGAGUCUGGCCCGCGCCGCAAAGGAGGCGGCGGGCGCGGACCAGGACCUCUCCGGCGGGAAGAAGCUGCCCCCGCCUCGCCCGGCGCUCCUGCGGCUCCCGCCUCCCAGCCUGGGCUACGGCGCCUUCCGCCGCCAGGUGUCCGCGGGCUCCGAGCCGCCGUCGCCCGGCCCCGCCUCAGCCGAGCAGCCCCGGGCCGGCGAGGCGCCGGGGGCCGAGCUGGUGCCGGGGGAGCCGCCGCAGGGCGCCUGGGCCCCGGUGGAGCUGCAGGUGGACGUGCGCGUGAAGUCCGUGGGCGUGGCGGGCGGCAGCCGCGCGCCCUCGCCGGCGCCGUCCCCGCGCUUCCUCACCGUGCCGGUGCCCGAGUCCCCGGCCUUCUCCCGCCACGCCUUCCCCGCGCACCCGCUGCUGCCGCGGACCCCCGCCCGGCCCGAGCGCGGCCUCGACGUCGAGGGCCGGGCGAGCCCCGCCGACGGGCGCUCGGAGCUGCCGGGCUCCCCCACGUGCCGCGGCCGCUGCCGGGAGCUGGGGCUGGAGAAGGAGGAGGCCGGCGCGCUGCUGCACCGCGCCGAGACGGGAGGCGACGAGAAGCUGCCCCGGGCCAUACAGCUCGUAGGGCUGCCUAUGUACAUGAAGUCCCUGCGCUGGGCGCUGGCGGUCAUGGCCCUGUUCCUGGCCAUGUCUGCAGUCGCCAUCGUGGCUCUGGCGUCUAGAGCAGGGACCAGGUGCCGGCCAUGUCCCCGGGGCUGGAUGUGGUCCGAGGAGAACUGCUACUACCUCUCUGCUGAAGCUCAGGCCUGGGAGGCCAGUCAGGCCUUCUGCACAGCUCACCAGGCUACCCUCCCGCUGCUGAGCCACACCCAGGACUUCCUGAGCGGAUACCCAGUCCCCAAGUACUCCUGGGUGGGAGCCCGGCGAGGCCCCCAGGGCUGGCACUGGAUCGACGGGGCCCCAUUGUCGCCCCAGCUACUCCCGGAGGAAGAGGAAGACCAGCCAGAUCUCAAGUGCGGGGGCCUGGAGGGAGGCAAGCUGGUGGCUUUGGACUGUGCCUCUCCAAGACCGUGGGUCUGCGCCAAGGGGACCAAGUGACUUGGCUUCCACCCAUCCUGAGACUCGGGGGCCUGCAGCCAUGCCAGGGGAAGCCAGGUUGCCGACUGGGGUAGCCUCUUCCCUGGACCCAGACUUCCAGG